AUGUCAGACUUGAUUAGACGUCGUAGGGCGGUGACGACUACACCGAGUUCGGAGCCCCCGGCUCAGCCGGUAUCAGCUGCCACUGCUCCAGCACUGAUGGAGCAGGACCACGUGCUAGCUGGUCCUGGGGGAUCCCAGGCGCCUGCAUCAUCAUCUUCUUCGGUGGUGCAGCCUCUUAGCGCUAGGCGGCGACACCGACCCGCUACCACCACCGACACCACAUCGACCGACUGUACUGUAUUGUCAUAUCCCUUUGCAGCCAAGAGGAACACCCGAGGGCCGUGUCGGCAGCUGAAGACGGCGAAGGUCACCCGGGUGACCAACAGUCGUAUCAGCAUCGGAUAUGACGAGCGCCAUCGGGCUGCACCGACGGCGGACUUGCAUAGCUCCUUGGCCCACGACAUUGGCCACGUCGUUCGGACCCAUUGCCCGAUGCAAUGGAAGUCUUGGAAGGUCAUGCCUGACGAGAUCAAGAUGCAAGUUCGCGGCCAGUUGUCGACGAACUACCACUUAGAGGACCUCAACGAGGAGACCUUGGCGUACGUCAACAGACUCUUCGGUGAGAGGUACAAGCAGUGGAAGAGCGACUUGCACCACCAUUUUCAGGCGUUUGAUGAUCCGCAAGUCGCUCUUCAGGAGGGUUGCCCGAAGGAGCUUGAGGGGCGGGAGGAUAGUUGGGCGUGGCUCUGCGCUCAUUUUCAGGCGCCCGAUUAUGUGAAUAAAGCCCAAGUGAAUAAGGGCAAUAGGAAGAAGAAGACUCUUCUCCACCAUUCCGGCUCCAGGCCCUUCUCAUAUAGGAUGGAUGCACGGCGUCGGGGGGGGUCGAAAUUCCCAGAGAUCGACGUCUUUGGUGACGUUUAUGUUCGACCUGGGAAUGAGUUGGCCGAGUCCCUUCAUACAACGAUGGUGGAGAGGAGCCAGUUGGUUCUUCAAGAGUCCGCCUCCCAACUUCCUCCUGAGACUCCGAUCGAGUCUGUGGAUCCUCCGCACGAUGCUGGAUUUCAGAUUUUGACGCAGACGUUGGAUCAGACUCUCGGGAGGAGGCCGGGAACGUAUUGUAGGGGGAUGGGGAAUGCCCGACAGAGGGAACCUCGACCGCGGUCAUCGUCGCAGGCAAACAGGAUGUGGAUCUCUGCUCUACAAAAUCUUCGUCUUGCUAGCCAGGAAACCUGUGCAGCAAUGGAGUUCUACCACAACCAACUAAAGCUUAGGUUGUUGAAUGAGAAGAAACCUAGUGUGUACAAACGAGUUGAUUGGUUGGUUGACAAGCUGGGUACAAAGUACAUUCCUACUUCUGGCUUGAUGAAUAUUCUGAGAAGGAUGAUUUUGCUCGAUAUUGGAAAGAUGAAUGGGGUGAGUGGUUUAACAUCUUGGCGUAAAGCGUUGAAGAUUCCAGACUCCAAUGUAGUCAUGGAAGGUACAUGUGCAAAAGUUGUUAACCAGCUUGAUCAAGAUAGGGCUUAUCUUGUUUGGAACCCUGGUUCACAGUUCGGUAUUUGCAACUGCAGUUGGGCAAACACUGUGUUAUGGAAUACCAUGAUUUCUGGGUUUGCUAGACAUGCUUGCUCCCUAGAGCAGAUGGGUACAUUCCCAAGUGAAGUAACAUAUGUUUCUGUAUUAACUGCUUCUUGUCAUAUGGGAUUGGUUGAAAGUGGAAGGAAAUACUUCAACCUCAUGAUAACAGAACACAAUGUCUCACCUAAUGUUCACUAUUCUUGCAUGGUUCAUCUUUUUGGUCGCUCAGGGUUGUUGCUUGAAGCCUAUAAUUUGAUAGAGGAAAUGCCAUUUGAUGCUACUGCUUCCAUGUGGUGUUCACUGUUGGCUUCUUGUAGGAUCCAUGGAAAACUUCACUUGGCUGAGGUAGCAGCUAAGCAUUUGUCUGAGAUAGAGCUUAAUAAUGCCGGAAACCAUAUUCUGCUGUCAAACAUUUAUGCAGCAAAUAAGAAAUGGGAUGAAGUUGCAAGAAUAAGGAAACUUCUUAAAGAAAGUGAGUUGAAGAAGGAGAGAGGGAAGAGUUGGAUCGAAAUCAAGGACAAAGUUCACUCAUUUAUGGUUGGAGAGAGAAAGCAUGCUAGAAUUGCUGAGAUAUACUCAAAAUUGGACUGUUUGAUUGAAGAGUUGAAGAUUAUGGGCUAUAAGACUGAGACUGAACAUGACCUUCAUUAUGUGGGAGAGAACAGAAAACAUGAACUGUUGAGGCACCACAGCGAGAAACUUGCUCUUACUUUGGGGUUGAUGUGCUUACCUUCAAAUGCAUCUAUCAGGAUCAUGAAGAAUCUUAGGAUUUGUGGUGAUUGCCAUUCUUUUACGAAGAUUGCAUCAUCUUGUACAGGGAGGGAAAUCAUUGUCAGGGAUACUAACAGGUUCCACCAUUUCAAGAAUGAUGGUUGUUCUUGUCGGGAAUUUUGGUAG